AUGGAUCGCUCGGUGGUUCGACAAAAGGAACGAUACCAGCUCAGCUAUGAACUUCCCCAUCAAGCAUACAAAUCGCACGUAUAUCCCCGCCAAUCAUCCAAUGGCUCAACAGUCAUAAUUUAUGGGCACGAACAAGGAUUACGUCUCAUCUGGUACGCUGGAAAGCCUUUCAAGCCCAUCAAGAAAGACGGCCCGCCUCCGAAAGUCAAUGAGAUGUCGAAGCCCGACUGCAUGAUUAUUGAUUUGGACGAAGAAGACAACGAACCAGCAGCAGAACAAACACCUGCAGAACCUGCGGAAUUUGAAGAGGAAGAUGAGGAGGUUGAUCCUUCUGCGCCAUACCGGGACGUGAUUCGAUAUGUCGACAUACCAUUAGGAGUAGCGGCGUUACGGGUUGCGAUUCCACCGGUUCCAAGGGAUGUCGAACAGAUUCCUCCAGAAUCAUGGCCUGCAAUCUACCUUGAACGCAUUGUGAUCGCUGUCGCCUGCGCAGAUCUUACCAUUCGAAUCAUAUCUGCACCCAUCGAACCUCCUGCUCCAGAAAGUCAGGACAUUUCAAAGAUGGAUGUACAUACGCUGAAAAUCUUCGGUCCAAAUUCUCAUCAAGAAUUCAUAUCUGAUAUAGCAAUUACCCAUACGGCAAAUCUUUCAAGUGGCCAAGAAGAAGGCGAGGAGCGGUCACAAAUUCGACCCCAGACACGAUCACAAUCUCACCAGAAGUCUACCGAGUCAGAUACCCAGCGAUGGUCCCUGUUGGUGGCUUCUGUGUCAUGUACUGGGUCUGGAUUGCUGUUAGUCCAUCAACUCCCACUACAAAAUGACAACCAGAUCUCUACAAAUCCGGAGGAUUUUUUGCCCAUCAGGAGGCAAUACCUACGUUGCACAUCCAUGAGUGCGAAGCUGUCUUUCAAUCCUUGUUUCUAUCCCGCAGAGCGACAUUCCAGCCUCUUGAUCACCUUCACCGCAGCUUCAUGCGUCAAACUGUUUCAAAUAUUUCCAACAUACACUCUAGACCGCAGAGGUUCUUCUUCCACGGCCGAUUCAGCAUCGAGCAUUCGUUCAUCAAGAAUAUCGGGCAGCGAACGUGGAAAAUUCCUCAUGACAUUUUUACCUUCGUUCAUCCAAGACAGUGAGACCCUCGCCCAAAGAAGAAAAAGAGUCCUCGACGCUCAAUGGAUUGCCGGUGGUCGUGCCAUAAUAGCACUGCUUGAAGAUGGUGAAUGGGGAAUCUGGGAUCUCGAAGCAAUAGGGCCAACGUCUUCAGGUGCGGGUGGCAAUCUAAUCCGAGGUCAAGCAAACAUCUCCGGCAUACAAGGUGGAUCAAUAACAAAGUUUGCAAUACGAUCCAACAUUUUCCCUUCAGGAGAAACAAAGCAGAAAUCAUCAAAUUCCCAGACUCAGCCUGUCUCAGGCUCACUAGCUCCGAUGACACCAUCGACUCGCAAAAUUCGAUCGGAAGGUUUAUUCCAAGGGGCAAAACGAGAUGCAGUCGCAUCGAAACAUAACAACCAGUUUGGGACCAUCUUUGUUGGAGAACAUAUCACAAGGUUGCCGUACGAUAACCACGUCGUCCUCAGCUACGGGAGCGAGCACGUCUAUGUCCAUUCAAUUUUCUCAUUCUGGAAAUCCGAUGAAAAGCCUGUCCGACUACCUACCGUACAAUUAGGAAGUCAACAACAACGCUCUUUCAGCAUACUUCCAGUCCAGCACAACGAAGUGAAGCCCUCACCAGGUCUAUUUGGGGUAUCCUCUGCUCCCGCAUCCUGGACACCCAAUUUCCUGAUCCAAACCGAUCGCCGUCUAAUCCUGUCCGUGAACCCGUUAUCUGAACCCAUCUCUCGAAACGACACCGCGACGCAGACAUCUCUAUUGGAGACAUCAGGGCCUUCGAACCUCGUUGGCGAAAACUCUGAUCAAGCUCUCUUGGCCUCUGGCGAGUUGGAUGUUGAUGGGAUGGAUCGCAUCCUCACGGCCAUGGGCACUGGAGAUGCUGGCAGCGUUGCGUCGAAACCAAAGCCAAUGAAUCUGUUUGGUAAGAGCGUGGGACUCCGCAUUGACGACAACGACGAUGAAGAUGUUGGCAUGGCGUCGCCCACGCCCGCUAAAUUCUCAACCUUGAAGCACGGUAGUGGAGCUAGAUUUCGGACCGAUGCUCCAAUGCCGCAAAGACGGAUCUUUACUUGA